CUAAAAUGCCGUCCGGGCUUUUUUCAUGAUUGGUAGUUUAAAAAAAAAGCCUGUACGGCAUUUAAGAAUGACUAGUCUGACUCUGAGAUCGAGACUGCCAAAGUUGUCAUUGGCUAUGCUCUGAGGUAGCUGGUGGAAUCUUGUAGGUUACAGUAACAAGUCUAGAAUUAGAGUUACGUGUUGCUUCGUUGAACGUUCUGCUUACCCAACACAAUGGCAACAUCAACUAUGGAUGAGCGCACUCUGACAAUCAGUGGCGUGAAAGUUGUUUUUCCUUGUAAACCCUACCCAUCACAGUUUGGGAUGAUGGACAAGGUUAUAAAAGGACUUGAGAGAAAACAGAACAGCCUUCUUGAGUCCCCAACUGGUAGCGGGAAAUCUCUAGCCUUACUGUGUGCUGCACUAGCUUGGCAGAAUGCAAUGUAUGAACGUAUAACAAAGGAAAACAUUGCAGCUCAGGCUGAUGACUGCUGUAAGCCUAAAGUGUGUCAAUGUGGAAGCUCGAAAACUGAGAAAAAAGUGGAGUACUCACCAGAAGCGAAGCCACAUAAAGUCAGUGAUGAAGAUGAAGAUAUGAGUGACGAUGAUUUCAGACCUGCGUCCCGGAAAACACCAUCAAACAAGACUGAGAGUAAAAGGCGAAGCCAUGUGAGCAUUUCAUACGAGGAUGAGGCCAAGGGGGAUUGUGUGAAUUGUAUGUGUGGGGCUGACGAAGGACCACCAAGGAAAACACAAAAGGUUCCCAAGAUCUACUUUGGGACACGGACGCACAAACAGAUUGCGCAGAUUACUCGGGAGUUGAGGAAAACGGCAUACCACACUGUCAGAAUGGCGAUCCUUGCGAGUCGUGAACACACAUGUAUACACCCGGACCUGAGCGCAAAACGGAACAAAAGUGAGGGCUGCCGAGAAAAACUCGACCAUAAUGGUCCCGGAUGUAAAUUCAAUGAUAAGGCAAAGCGUGUGUUUCUCUGUCAAUCCCAGCUUCAGAGUGAGAUCCCGACAGCCUGGGACCUCGAGGACCUCAUAGGAGCAUGUGGCAAGAAAAAGGCCUGCCCAUACUUUGUGACGCGGAACAUCAUCGAACAGGCUGAUAUCAUCUUCUGUCCCUACAACUACUUGAUAGAUCCCAUUGUCAGGAAAAGUAUGGACAUCAACUUGAAGGAUCAAGUCAUGAUUCUGGACGAGGCUCACAACAUCGAGGACUGCUCACGUGACGCGGCCAGUGGCUCCAUCACCACCGACCAGAUAUCACAGGCGGUUCACAACAUUGAUGAACUCAUGGAGAAUAACAUUAAAUUCCCGGAGCAUCUGAAGCUGAGAAACAUGCUGGAGGCAUUGAUGCGGUUCAUCGAAGAUAAUUCGGGUAACCUGGAGCAACAGGACUACGACAAUGCGUACAAGUUGUGGUCUGGGUUUGACGUCGUGGCAAGGAUGAAGCAGAUCAACCUUGGGCCAGACACUUGGAAAGAGUAUGAGCGCUGUUUUGAGGCUGCGAUGGCCAGUGACGAGGAUCAGACGAGUAUUCGUGACCGAAACAAUCAGGAGUUACGUAUGUCGAGUGCCACGGGGAAACUGCUGGAGCAGAUAUUCCAGAUUCUUUUCUACAUGUACAAGGAUGACAUGAAAUUCGUGGAAGACUACAGAGUCUGCAUUCUGAAGUCAAUGCAAUAUGUCUCAAAGAACAAGGAGAGGGGUGAUAACUGGUUGUCCAAGAACAGGAGAAGUAUGUCCAGGGUUAUGGUGUUUACACUGAACUUCUGGUGUAUGAACCCUGCAGUUGCGUUUUCGGACUUCAGUAGUUGUCGUAAUGUGGUGUUGAGCAGUGGCACGUUGUCACCAAUGUCCACGUUUGCAUCAGAGCUCGGCACAGAGUUUCCCAUCCAACUGGAGGCCAGCCAUAUCAUAGAGGACAAACAGGUGCAUGUAGCGGCCGUGGGAACGGGGCCCAGGGGCGGACAACUCCAGGCCGUGUACAGAAACAUGGAACAGUUUACCUUCCAGGAUGAGCUCGGACAACUUAUACACAAUGUCUGCACGAGUGUACCCCACGGAGUGCUGUGUUUUCUGCCAUCGUAUCGAGGUCUGGAGAACUUCAUCAAGAGAUGGAACGAAACAGGCCUGAUGUCAAAGAUAUCUAGCCGGAAGCGCAUCAUGAUAGAGCCGCGAGCCAGCGAUCCCGAGGUCUUCGAUCGCAUGAUGAAGGCCUUUUAUGAUGUCAUCAAGGGAGAAACCUGCUCAGAUUACCUUAGUGAUGAUGUUUUGGAGGAGGAUGACUCGGACAUUGAUGGGGCAAUAUUCUUCGCCGUGUGUCGGGGUAAAGUCAGUGAGGGGAUGGACUUUGCUGACAACAAUGCCAGGGCUGUUAUCACGGUUGGCAUACCCUUCCCAAGCUUCAAGGAUCUACAGGUGAAGUUGAAGCGGGAGUAUAACGAUAAAUACCGCUAUGAUCGAGGACUGCUGAGUGGCGGAGACUGGUACGAGAUCCAGGCCUUCAGGGCGCUCAACCAGGCUCUCGGAAGAUGCAUUAGACACAGGAAAGACUGGGGAGCCCUGAUAAUGGUUGACGACCGAUUUGUGAAGAACACAGGGAAAUACACAAAAAGUUUGUCGCGGUGGAUACGCUCCAAGGUUCAAACUUACUCAGUCUUCUCCAACUUCAUAGAAGAUCUGGAGGAUUUUGCUGUGAAGAUGGUGAAAGAAAUGCCAGCCAUUGAUGCAGAUACAUCGUUCAUCCCCUGUACCCCAGCCAAUAAGCGGGAGUCUAUCAACAUGAAGCCCUCGCCUGAUACUCCUAGUCAGACCAGCCCAUACUUUGGUGUUUCUGCUGGCCCAUCAGCACCAUAUGCACAGACCCCAACCACAUCCAAAAAAGGAGGAGUGUUCUCCCCGCCUUACAAGCCCAUCCAGACUCCCAAGGGAAAUAACUCCACCACUGCAGCAAUUCCUAGCCUCGUAAAUCUCCCAGUGACCUCCCCUCGCAUACAGCAGCAGCUGAAAGAGUUUAUCCUGUCACCGAACGCACCCAAGGAUCAGCCGUACUAUGUGAUUCUAAACAAAGGCCUGACAAACCAGCAAGCCUUCCUCAUUAACCCAAGCAAGAGCAAUAAACCAGAUGAUGAAUCUACAGCUAUCACAAGUCAGUCAACAAGCAUCCAGACCCCAACCAGGACAUUCCAGAUACCCCAGCAAAAUGCCGGCCAGUUAAAUCAGGCCCAUGUUCCAUAUGUAUCCAAUGAACAGUCGGGUCCCGGUCUCAGCCAGCUUCUGACACCAACUGAGCUUGGAACCAGUGAACCAAGCAAGGAGGAUCACUCCACAAAUACAGGUAAUAAUCCAUCGACAGAUGCGGAAUCGAAGCAACCAACACUUGUCUAUCAGUUAGAUCCCAGCGAUUUACCUGUAGAAGAACAGUUAAAGCUGUUCUUGAAUAGUGGGUCAGCCCCCAAGGGACAUGCAUACUACGUGGUGGCCAACAAGGGGACACCGAGCGAGUCGACUUUUCUCAUCGAACCUGACAAGAAAGGCAAAUCUAAGAAAGGUCAAUCCAAUAAGAGACAGAAAUCGGAAAAUGCAGAGAGGGGACCAGAGACUUUGACUAAUGGUGGUGUGCAGCCUGUACCUGCCCUGCCAGUAGAGAGCCACAUCGACAAGAAACCAGCUGUCAAGUCAGAGGCUAUCACAGUUGAGGCCGACUCCUCCACCUCUGACCUCCCGGACCCUAAGCACCCAUUCCUGAGGUUCUGUAACCUGCCAGUGACCCCAGCCAAACCCCAGAUCCCUGUGGCUACAGUUACCCCUCAGAGGCCAGAGUGUGGGGUACAGGACUCCAAUAUUAAACAUGACCAAGCAGCUGCACCGUCACCAGAUAUAUUUGGUGAUAUAGCUGACACUAAACCUGAUGUGGAUCAAGCAGAAAAGGCAAGAGUAAAGAAACCCAUCUUUAGAAAGAAAAUUAAAACUGAAACUGACAUAGAAAAUGGUCCAAAAAUCUUGAACCAUGCUCUUGAUGACACAAGUGAGGUCAAGGGUGAUUCAAAUGUUACUGCAGAACUUGGUAAUCAUGUGGAAGAGGCAAAAGGUGAUAAUAAAGAACCAGACAGCGUUAACACUGUGAAAAAAGAGGAGAGAAGAAAUGUAAGAGGAAGGAACAAUGCAAGAGUUGUUGAGAACCUGAGAGAAAUCAGGAAGGUGGGGAGAGAUGGAGCAGACGACAAACCUGAUGUACAACAAGGUAGAGUGUUACAAAAACACAACAAUGACAACAUCAUUGACAGUCACACUGAAGGAGCAGUAGGCUUCAGUCAAAGUUCUGACGAAGAUUUUCUGAACACACGUCGCCGUGGCAACAGGAAGAGGAAGUCCACGGCACGGUAUGAUGAUUAUUCGAAGAGAAGCAAGAAAGGCGUCACAUAUGACGAGCAGGAGAAGGAGGAGGAGAACGUAGCAAAGGAAAAUGUGCCAACUGGGAAUCAGCUAUGCUGUGCAGCAUGUGGACAUAAACUCAUGAAAGUCUCAGACUAUGAGAAAAGGAAGCGUCACCCAGAUUUGGCGGCAGGAGUGUUCAAGAAGAAUACAGAACUCCUCUACUUCCCCAGCCUCAAGUUGGAGCCCGGCUUGGUGCCCGUUUCACAGGAAUCUCACAUAAAAGGGGUCGAGCUAAAUGCUGUGUACAAUAUAAGCCAGGCCUGUUGUGUUCAGUACCUACAGUGCAAGGGCUGUAAGGGGCCAGUGUUAGGGGCCACAGUUCUGCUGGCAGAACUCUCAUCAACCUACAAGGCUGGACAGACCUGGGUUUUGUCAUCGGCUGUUAAAAUAUAAGACAAGUCUACAUACAGACUCCAUCAAAUGACAGCCUGUGAAUUCAGUCAACACCAAUGACAGGAUUUCACCUAUUUAAAUGCAUGAAACAACAAUAACUCUGUAAUAUAAGCAUGUAUGUGAUUUUAAAAGAAUGGAUUGUGAUUCCCUGUUCAUUUGACAUUUGUUAAUUAGUUUAUACAUGUUAUACAUGGAUUUGAUCAUUUUGGAACCGCUUAAAUGUAUAUAUUUAGCUUCUAUUGAUGUAAACUAAUAUAACCAUUUAUUUGUUGUGGUUCCUUGGACGAAAUUGUUAUAAGCGUAUCUGUUUUUGUGUUUCUUGUGUUUUAUGGCCUUGUCCAUAUCUGCUGUAUCAAACUUUUAUUUCCUCUCUCUAACUCAAGUUAGGCAUUUCUCCUAUCUUUGCAAAAUUUGGCAUAAUAUUACCGGCA